AUCAGGGUGAAAUUGAGUAAGUGUAUAACCGGAGUCGUGACUGACUGCAAAGUUCUCAAGCAGAAGCUUCAACCCAAGAGAGUGAUUAUCUCUAUGAAGUGGCAUUUACCACUGUGUGAAAAUGAAGGGGAUCUUUGGAGUCCUGGUGAUGUUCACAGGAACUGCCAUGGGCGCGGUUCAUGCUAUCUGCAGAUUUAAUCAGAAACUUAGAUGUUAUGGAACUCUGGGAGAAACACUGCACCUGGAGCUGGACCCUGGGGAUGAAAUAACAUUAAACAAUAACAUCAAUUUAAUUUUAAAAUGUAAAAAGCAAAACAUCACAACAAACCUUUUAGAUCAGCCAAGAUGGCAGUUUAUAGCUGAUAAUAGAACCAUUAUAAUAACCAGAUCAGAGAAGAGAGACUCAGGAAGAUACACGUUAGACACCUUUGAUGCAAAGGGUACUAGUAAAGGCAAAUAUCAUCUCCAGCUGAACAUUGAAGUUGCAGUGUCCUCAGUAGUAGUGAAGGAUAACUGCUUCUCCAGUGAGAGGAGGACAGUGUCCUGUUCCUCUGAGGGGGACCAGCUCCACUUCAGCUGGACUCUCAGUGGAACCAGAAUCACACAUCAACUGGAUGAUGGAACCAAGACUCUCCAGCUGGAGAAAGAGAACUUCAGCUGCAGAUCCCACAACAGCGGUGAAUGUGACAUCAUCCGGCAUUGCCGUGAGGAACAUGGUGUUUCUCUGUGUGUGGGUUUUGGAGAUCAUCACCUUGCUGUCAGUGUUGGGAGGCUUUCACAUCUACAACAAAAUCAACAGCAAACAGAACACAGUGGAAUGUAAAGAACAACAGAUGGUAGAGGCUCUGUACACCAACCUGGAUCAAGAAGUGAAGCAGAACUCCACUAUAGGCGUGUUAUAACAAACAACCAGAUUCCCCAAACUCAUCCAAACUGAAACACCAGCAGAGAACCAUAAAUGAAACAGAACCCACACAUUUACAGAACACUUAACCUGAAUUGUAGGACAGGACAGAUGUGUCCUUCCCAUCCCUCAUUUACAAAUAAGUCUUGGCACAUGUAUUUUUCACAUAUAGUGCAAAAGGGGAAAAAAGUUCAUAUAGAAAUAAAAGUGUAUAAAGUAGAAAAGUUCCAUAUGUAAGUUACUCUGGAUAAAAGCAACUGACACAAUGCCAUGAAUGUUAAGGUUUGGACUACAAUGUUCUUUUACGCUCUUUAAAGUUAACCCUUGUUUGUCUUCUAGGAGUCUUUAUUGAUAUUCAUCACUCAAAAUGAUUAAAUUCAUUGAUGCUAACAAUAGGGAACUACACACUCUAUGAUCUGUCAAAUGAUCAAUAGAAGAACAUCAAAACAUUUUUGUUUAAUGCAUUAUCAUGUCUAGAAUAUAAAUACUUUUAAAUAUAAAUAUAAAUGCUUAAAUAUAAAUACUUUUAUAAGGUUUUCGUGUGUACAUAAAAAGGGAAUUUCUGGUUUCUACACAUUAGAAAGUGUUUGUAUUUUUCUCUGUUUAAAAUGUAUGCUUAACUGUUUAAAAUGUUUCAUUAAAUUCUUAAUUUAUAUUAAUAUUUCUUCAUUUACAAAAAUCUGCUUUGACUAUAUGGAAUGCAUACA